AUGAUUGUGUAUACACUCUCGCUGUCUCUGAUGCUUUUUGCUUCUAUAUCUUCAUGUGAAAAAAAAUUGGAAGGACCUGCUACAGGAAGAAUUCCUUUGGAAAAGGAACUUUACAAUUCUCGAUUUCGACGAGAUGUUAAUUUUCCUGGAUUACAAAAGCCCAGUCACCGUGAUAUCAUAAUUCCUAACUGGAAUCCUAAUGCAAGAAUUAAGCCUUGGCAAACUAUUGGUGUCAGAACUCGUCAUAGGAGAGACACAGAGGAAUCAGCAUAUCACAAGUACAGCUUAUCCAGCCAGCAAGUAGCCAGCCAAGAAUCUGUAUUUCGAAGCCCAAGGAGUGUUGAGCAACUAGACAGUCAAGAAACUAUAUUCCGAAGCCCGAGGAGUGUUGAGCACUUAUCUAGCCAGCAAGUAGCCAGCCAAGAAUCUGUAUUUCGAAGCCCAAGGAGUGUUGAGCAACUAGACAGUCAAGAAACUAUAUUCCGAAGCCCGAGGAGUGUUGAGCACUUAUCCAGCCAGCAAGUAGCCAGCCAAGAAUCUGUAUUUCGAAGCCCAAGGAGUGUUGAGCAACUAGAUAGUCAAGAAACUAUAUUCCAAAGCCCGAGGAGUGUUGAGCACUUAUCUAGCCAGCAAGUAGCCAGCCAAGAAUCUGUAUUUCGAAGCCCAAGGAGUGUUGAGCAACUAGACAGUCAAGAAACUAUAUUCCAAGCCCGAGGAGUGUUGAGCACUUAUCCAGCCAGCAAG